AUGACAUCAAUCGUACCUGCCGUCAAAUUGACGGAGCAAAACUACCUGAGCUGGAAGACGUAUUUCCAAGGACGCAUGAUGAGCAAGGGGCUCUUGGGGACCAUCACCGACCCGACUACGACCACGACGGACCAAAAACAAAAAGCCAUGGGGAUCUUGAUUGAGACACUCGACCCAAGCCAAUACCGCCAUGUGCAAGACAAUUACGAAGUGACGCUGGCCUACGACGCGCUCAAGACGCACCAUGAGCCAACCACCAAGAUCGAUCGGAUCGAAGUGAGCAAAGAAUGGGCGAAGCUUACCUGGAACCCGCGCCAAGAGUCGCUACCGGACUUCAUCCACCGCUUCGACCAACUCAAGACUCGCCUAAACGAAGUCGGGAUCAACGAGACCACCUGA